AUGUCACAACAAUUCAUUGGUGCUGUCAAUAAGAUGACAUCUUUAUUCAAAUUGAUUCAACCUGCUUACCAUCCUUUGCCUCAAGAUUUGUCGCGGGGAGAUCCUUGUGCGUAUGAUCAAGCGCUCUCAGAGAAGCAUGUCGAGUCAACACCAAGAUGGUAUUGGAGUCUGCUGCCCUGGUUUGUAGCUGCACCUCUCGGCAAAACCACACGAAAGCUCCCUAAAGCAACGUCAACGUCGUACCUGAAUGGGUUUCGUGGCAUUGCCUGUUUGAUUGUUUAUACAGAGCACGUCAACAUACAUUACUUUCGAGAGUUCGCAAGUAAUCCAUACGGCGCCGAGCCUGCUAGUAGUAACCAUGGCUUCAGUCAGUUGCCAAUCAUUCGCAUCAUAUAUGCUGGCAAAGGCAUGGUGGGGAUUUUUUUUGUGCUUUCAGGGUUCGUGCUCACGUACUCGCCAUUGAAAAAGAUCACUGCCAUGUCAAAGAGGCGAUGGGAGGACCGCAUGACAACAGAGCUUGACGCGCUGCCACUUACCAACGUCCCCGCAUCACCGACACUCGCUGCUGACGAGCUCAUCACUGGCCUCUGUUCCUCCAUCUUGCGUCGUGGCAUACGUUUGUUCGCACCCAUGCUUGUGGUGGCAUGCAUGUCCUGUCUCGCCACGUGGUAUUACCCAUCCUUUUCUCCUGGGAAUUGGAGAGCAAACGACCCGACAUUCUGGGAGCACAUAUGGCGCUUUGUUGGUAUAACAUUACCAGUCUUCAACCCAUUCCAGUGGGGCACAUAUCAUCCAACGUCUUUCAACCAAUGCUGGACUCUUCCGGUAGAAUAUCGCGGCUCCAUGGUUGUGUUUCUCAUGUGCAUGGCUACGGCGCGACUGUCAACGCAAGCUCGCAAAAUUAUAGUGUUAGGCUCGGCAUUCUGGGCUCUCUAUCUACAACGCGGAGAUGUGUUCACUUUCUUGGCUGGCAUGUUUCUCGCCGAGCUGCGACUAUGCCCCCUUUCUGAUGACUUGCCCUUUCGUCUCAAGGUCCCAUGGCACAUCACGUACACACUUUCGAUCUGCGUCCUACUUUUGUCAAUUUUGGUCAUGGGCUGGCCAGAGAGUGGACCCAAGAAUGUUGAGCCUUUCCAGACAUUGUCGCAAUUCACACCGAGUGCUUGGAGGACCGACGCGGAGUCCGUUGCCUUCUUCUGGAGCUAUGCUACUGCACCAGUGUUACUGGCUGCUGUCGAGAAUCUCCCUCCUGCUCAAUGGCUACUCUCGACGGCGCCCAUUUUGUACUUGGGUGAGAUAAGUUUUGCUUUCUACCUGCUGCACUGGAUGGGUUUCCUGUGGCCUGGAUGGGCAAUGAUGAUCCGCAUGGUUAAUGUUCUUCAUUGGCCAAUGGAUCGAUCCUUUUACAUCAUGUAUUUUACAAUCCUCGCUCUUUUGCUUGUUUCUGCCGAUUACUUUUGGCGCCUUGUUGACGAGAAAUGUGUCAAGUUGGGGAAAGCAUUUGCAAACUGGCUUGGAAUUCAUCCCAAGGCUGGAAACUGA